CGUCCUGUCUGUCGGUAGCUUUGUACACAGUAAGCUAGCCGAAGCUGUUUGCGUGAUUCAAUCUCAACUUUACAAGUCAGCCUUCAAGAUGGGAUGUGACGGUGGCACGAUUCCUAAAAGACACGAGUUGGUGAAAGGCCCCAAAAAAGUUGAGAAGGUGGAUAAAAAUGCCGAGUUGUCUGCCAAAUGGAAAUACUGUGCUUUGACCCAGGAGAAACUCAGACGCCCCAUUGUUGCCUGUGAUCUGGGAAGGCUCUACAACAAAGAUUCUAUCAUUGAAUAUCUUUUGGAUAAGACUGCUGAGAGACCCAAUGCUGAGGCCGUAGUCCACAUCCGUGGGAUCAAGGAUAUAAAGGAACUGAACUUGACUGAUAACCCCGAGUGGAAGGGGGAGAGAAGCAAUACCAAAGGAGACGUAUAUGAAGACAUGCACGGCGGCAUGUUCAUUUGCCCUGUUGUUGGGUUGGAGAUAAAUGGCAAGCACAGGUUCUGUUACCUGCAGACCUGUGGCUGUGUCUUUUCUGACAGGGCACUGAAGGAGGUCAAGACAGAAAUCUGCCACAAGUGUGGCGAAACAUUUAAAAUUGAGGAUGUUGUUGUGCUCAACGGCACUAAGGAGGAGGUGGAGAAGCUGAGGAAGAGGAUGGAAGAGGGGCGGGCCAAAGCCAAAACUAAGAAAUCAAAGAAGAGCAAAGCAAGCAGAGCAGCUGAAACAGUGGCCGCACCGUUGGAAUCAAAAGAAGACGCACAAGCUCCACAAGUGGAUCUAAUGGAGAACUCACAAGAAAAUGGUGGCGAAAGCAGCCAGUCAGCUUGUGCCGGACCCUCCGGACCCUCCGGCUCCGCUACAGACAGCAAGUCUUCGACGUCUUCCACCACCAAAAGGUCCGUUCAGGAGAUGACCGAGAAGUCAGAGGUCUUCAAAUCCCUGUUCACCACCCACAGCUCUGCCAAGCGCACUAAAGCUCAGACAUCCAACUGGGUCACCCACACCCCGUAUCACUUCUAGUAACUAUCGCAAAGAUCACCAUUUUUAGAUUGCUCCAGAAAUCGUGACCCAUUAAGGAGCCGUUACUGAUGAACCUAGUUCUACAUUCCCAGCCCCGACAUUACCCUCAUGGCCUCUACUAAUGUCACCGAUGUGCGUACUCCUUCCCAAUAUGUCUUUCAGUCCCCAGUAGUUCAGUGUUUACGUGUUGUCAACAUUUAGUUAAUGGCUCCCCAAGCUGUUCAGCCUCUUUGUUUUGUAACCUUCCUCCCCCAUGUAUUCCUUGCAUCUCUGUGUUCCCAGUCACAGGUGCUCUGAGAAUUGAUGCUAUAGGGUGACUUUAUUACCUCUGUCACUCUGCUGUCUCCUAGUGGACAGAGUGCAGGUUUUUUUUUUUUUAAGGGAUUUCUUCAUCAGAGAAAAAGUGGCGUCAGAUCAAAGGCUUGAUUCCACUAUUCAGUUAAAGAGAGAUAAAGAGAAGUCAAAGCUCUACAGCAGGUCAGACUUUUAUUUAUUAUGAGCUUGGCCACACUUUCUUUAAUAUGUAACGCAGAGCACAGGACAUUCAAGUAAUAUGUAUUCAUCACAUUGGGUUUUUGUUUUCUUGAAACGUUGGUUGAAUUAAGACCAUUUCAAGCAUCUUGCUUAUUUAUUGAAGCUUCUGAUACUCGUAGAUCAACGAAAUAGUGCACGCAGCAGAAAAACCACAAACAUACGCAGCUGUUGUGUAACAGUGAUCUUCUUUGUUCUUGAGUGUCACACGCUUCAAUAUUACUGCUUCUUACUGUUUUUCAUAAGGAAGAUGUUUGACAUGAAAAAUAUCUAAAUAUGUUAUGUUAGCUUCCAGUUUAAUAGCAAAAUAUAGUGAAUGAUCACAUUUUCUACACACUCUUCUUCAGACAUUUUUUUUUUUUUUCAA